CUAAAGAUGGACGCUAAUGUCCAGAAAAGAGGAGAAUUAGAUCUGCCACUGUCAUCUAACUCCUCGGAUAUACAGGUUCAUCACUACUUGAUAGAUCUCAAAUGUGAUCUCUGUAACGAUUUUUUUCAAGGAAGUACAACUGUUUAUUUUACCAAACAAAUGAAGAGGGAUCGACUUCCAGAUCCACUUGAUAUCGACUCUGGUAUCUCUGAAAAUACAACACCAAAAAGUGCAGAUUCUGAAACCACCCCGAUAGAGGAGAAAGAAGAACUCAAAAGUAAAAGUUUUGUUGCAGAAUUAUCAAGUGAAAAUGAACCAGUUAACAAUUACAUUGAAAUUGUAGAUGAGAAAUGUAGAGUGAUGUGUGAUGUAGGAAAAACAAGUAUGAAAAGAAAAGUCAAUGACACAGAUAUUUCAGCAGCUACACUCCCAAUGAAUAAACAUUUAAAGCAAUCAGUUUCUUUAAAAGAUGAUACAAACAUAUCUUAUGAUGCAAACCUACAGAGGUUUGACUGUGAGAAAGAAAAUAAUAAAGAUUUUAUUCUGAUAUUGGACUGUCAUGAACUGGAAAUACAAAGUGUAUCAGAGACAGAGGUAACUACAAGCAUUGAUGCACAAACACUAAGCUCACCCCAUUGGUCAACAGAUGAGGGACAGACAUCAGAGAACUUGCUUCAGUAUGAUUUGGGAGACCAGUGUUUAAAAAUUAAGGUUCCAAGUCAGAAAGAAUCUGAGGACAAUCUCAGAGCAAUUAAAAUAUCGUACAAAACAACCACAGAUGGUCUGUCUCUGAAAUGGACCAAGGAUCAGGAUGGCAAUGAUUGUGUGUACACACAUGGGCACUGGGUCAACAAUCGCUCACUGUUUCCAAGUCAGGAUGUUCCAGAAGCCCUGGCUACUUGGCAAGCCUACAUAACAGUACAACAGGGACUCACUGUCAUUAUGAGUGGAGACCUAGAGCCACAGUGUAGAGAGUGUAGUGAUGGCAUGGAAUGUUUCUACUUUUGGACAACCUUCCCGAUGCCUAGUUCUACUCUUUCUCUUGCUGUUGGAUCUUGGAAGGAGUGCAAAAAGCCAAAACUCCAAAAUCAGUCUGCCAAUGAGAGUAUCCCCUACCGUGUCUUUGGUCCUGAGACAUUGAUGACCAAAAUGAAUGACAUUCAUCGAUACAUUCCUUUGUGUCUGAAGGAAGUCACCACUGUGUUGGGCCCACAUCCCAUGAAAAGACAGGAUAUUUUAGUGGUGCCCUCAUCUUUUGACAGUCUAGGAAUGGCAAGCCCAAGUGUUUUGUACAUCUCCCAGUCCCUCCUACAUUCAGAUUUGUCCAUGUUUUACCGGCUGGCACACGAGGUGUGUCACACAUGGUUCGGCAUUGUGAUUGGUCCGUUAGACUGGACAGAGGAAUGGCUGACCGAGGGCUUCUGUACCUAUCUAGAGGACAUCAUACACACCAGAGUCCUAAAAACAGCUGGAAUGAUCUCGGAAAAGGAGGAGAGUGAUGUUCGAUACCUGAGAGAUUUUGUAAAGUUAAGAACUCUGACUGCUGAACAGCAAAAUACAGAGGAAAGCCUACAGACUCUGAAACCUGAUUGCUGUGAAUUGAGCACCAACAAAACUUUUGUUAAGAAUGGAAUGAACCCAGAGAAGAAGUAUUUACAGGUUCAUUAUCUCAAAGGAUAUUUUCUACUAAGAUACCUAGAAAAAAUGGCAGGAUCUUUAGAGUUUCUUGCUUGUCUCAGGAAGUAUGUGCAAAAGUAUCAUGGAAAACUUGUUUCAUCUCAGGAAGUGCUACAAUUCUUCAUCCAGGAAUGUGAACAAAUUUCAGCAGCAGAAGUUACAGCACCAGAGUUGUCCUUAGUUUGGUUAGAGUGCUCAGGGAUACCCUCACCUCUUUUACAAAUGAUGGAGACAGAGAGUGGUGUAAUGUCCUCAUUCAAAAGACAGGUUAAAGAAUUUUGCAAAAGCUGUAAAAGAAAAACAACAAAGUUUGCCCAAGAUACUUUAAAAGAUUUUAACCCAGAUGAAUUAUUACUAUUUUUGGAGCUACUCCUGGAUGUAAAAGAGAUACCACUGAUUGCCUUGUCUUGUCUAAAGAAAAAGUACAACAUAGAUAACUGUAAUGCAGAGAUCAAACAUAGGUGGUGUGAACUUGUAAUAAAAUGCAAACAAGGAAAUAAAUUCAAUAAAGACAUUCAGAAUUUUCUCCUAGACCACCAGGGCAUGGGGGUGUACCUUUAUGGUGAAAUGAUGUUGAGUGGCAGGAAAGCGUUGAUUGACCUCGCACACAAAUGUUUCCAACAACUUCAGCACAGUAUGAGCACAGACAAUUACAACACAGUCCAUUCCAUGCUGUUUGGGGACUGAAGACCACUUUUGGGUAUCCGAUGCUCAAUGCUUAUUCACAUUAUCACCUAGGUUGCUGAACCCCAUUGAGAGGAAUCAUAGUUUCCAGCUGUAAGAUGGGUUUCACAUGUUUUCAAAAGUUUUAUCCAGACUCAGAGAAAACAUGCAGGUAGCCAGAAAGCAUCCCAAUAUUUCGUAAACUCAAAGGAUUGACAUUAUAAAUGUUGCAUUACGUCGGAAAGUGCAGACUGAAAUAACCCUCCUUCAAGAUCUUGGCAUAAAAUUCUUAUUAUUACAUUUUUGUACAAGUGUGUUACAAUUUUUACAAAAUAAAAGAAAUUGAAUGCCUAUAUUACAGUAUAUGUGAGGGUCAUUAUGGAAAUUACGUGUCUGAAAAAAAUGAAAUGAAAAGAACGUGAAUAUAUUUUCUCUCUC